CCUACACACGGUGGGAUAGUCUGGCUAUAUCCUCCAAACCGCUAUACUGAAGAACAGCUCCACGGACAUUGCACAGCAGAGCUGGGGCCCAUGUGCAGCAGCUUUAUUGCGCAGGAUGAGUUUGAUCAACUGGCCCAGCCUCUGGUUGAUAUCGACGGAGUUGAGCGGCAAGUGAUUCUUUUCAUAGACGGCGUUAUUGUGAAAAUCCAAAAGCCUGAUAGGGCUGGUGAUGCGUAUUACUGUGGGAGGCCGGGGAAAUGUUGCGACUCCAUCAACGUGCAGUACGUUGUAGAUCGAUUUGGCAGGGUAAGACACGUUAUAAGCGGAGUACCUGGAUCGACGCACGACAAAACAGCGGCCGAGUGGUCUCGAGAAUUGUUCGACUUCCUUGAUCAACUUCCAGAGGAGUAUGUUAUGCUUGGUGAUCCUGCCUACAGGAACCUGCACCGAUCUGUGCUGAUUACUUUUACUGGAAAUAAUCUUCGACAGGAACAACUAGAUUUUAACAACAGAUGCACUCGACUCCGUCAAAUAGUUGAGAGGUCUAUCGGAUGUACUGAACUGAUAUGGAGGAUCAAUCAGCUAAAAGAGAAUAGGUACGCUGCGAAAUAUGGCCCUGUUUUUCCAUCAAAAUGCACUGUAGCAACAUGCGUGUUACACAACCUUUACACCAAUUUCUUGGCUUGAACCAUAUGUGAAAGACAAAGACAAAAGUAAAAUAACUGAAAAUGAUUGCUUAUUCUUAGUAUCCCCAAUUUAGUAACUGAAAGAGAAGCCUACUUGGCUGUCCAAUCUGUGGCAUGUCACUACUUGUAAACAAAUCCUGAACCAAAAAUAUGAUGGAAUAGUCAUGGCUAGAACUGAAGAAACAAAAUAGUCUGUUAUCACACAACAAUUGUACCUCUCUGUUUUGUGGGUGUAGUAUAGAUCAAGCCACCACUAUAAAGAGCCAUCUAUAAAGUUA